AUGAUCUUUGUUCCACCAUCAUCUGGUGAGCUAUAUUAUUUAAGGUUGUUGUUAAAUAUUGUAAAGAGACCAACAAGCUAUGCAGAAAUUCAGACUUACAAUGGUGUUAUUUACUCAUCAUUUCGAGAUACAUGCUAUGUGCGCGGCUUGCUUGAUGACGACAAAGAAUACAUUGAUGCUAUUGAGAAAGUAAGUCAUUGGGACUCGGACCAUUAUUUGCGAAGGUUGUUUGCGACUCUAUUGUGGUCUAACUCAAUGGUAUGCCCCGAAGCUGUUUGGGAAAAAACAGCCAUGCUAUUGAGCGAUGAAAUUUUGCAUGAUCAUAAAGCCAUGUUUGGCCUACAUGAUCUAGCUUUGAGUGAUAAAGAAUUAAAGAAUCUAACGUUGAUUGAGAUCAAGCAAAUAUUGAAUAGUAAUGGAAAAGAAAAGGAACACAACGAGUGCUUCUCCAAAUUAAUUAUAGAGCAAAGAAGGGUUUAUGAUAAGAUCAUCAAUGCUUCUGAAAGUCAACAUGGACGUGUAUUCUUUUCGUAUGGCCACGGAGAUGGGUUCUCAACUUGCAACAUCAAACAAAGAAGUCCAUUAGCAGAAUUAAUUGUAACAGCUAAGAUCAUAAUUUGGGACAAAACUCGUAUGAUGAGCAAAUUUUGCUUCGAGGCACUGGAUAAGACAAUAAGAGAUUUGAUGAGGUUCAAAGAUUAUCAGAAUAAAAAAUUUCCUUCUGGGGAAAAACAAUUAUUUUCGGCAGAAAUUUUAGACAAAUCUUACCAGUGGUCCCGAAAGGAACUAGACAAGAUAUCAUACUUCGGCAGAAGAUUUAAAGCAAUUUCUAAAUGGAUUCUUCAAGUCGGCAACAGAACAUCUGAAGGAACAUGUGAUGGAUGCAACAUGAUUAACAUACCUCCUGAAUUGCUUAUUACUAAUUAUAAUGAUCCUAUACAGGCAAUGAUUAAAGCAAUCUAUUCUAAUUAUAUUGCUUACAUGGCUAACGAAAGCCACUUGAAGGUUCGAGCUAUUUUAGCUUCUAUAAUUUAUGUUGUAGAUGAGGUAAAUGAUUACACGACUGCAAUGAACAACAAUCAGUACAAGACCUAUAUUAGUUCCAAUAAGUCUCUGUCCGAAGGAGGUAGCACUGAAAUUGAUGGCAUCCACACACCAUAA